AUGAGCGUACUCAAAAUUUUGCCUGCACGACCCCUAGGCCGAAAUGGUCCAUUGGUUCCACGCUUGGGACUGGGCCUGAUGGGGUUGAGUGGCCAAUAUGGAUACUCCGCGCCAGAAGCAGAACGACUACACUUCUUGGAUGAGGCUUAUAAAAGAGGCCAGUGGUUUUGGGAUACCGCCGACAAGUACGGCGAUUCCGAGGACAUUAUAGGGAAAUGGUUCGAAAAGAACCCUGAAAAGCGCGAAGAUAUUUUUCUGGCUACCAAGUUCGGUAUCAAGUAUACAGACACAGCACCGGGCUUCACUAUUGACUCGAGUCCCGCAUAUUGCCGCACUUCCAUCGAAUCCUCUCUCAAACGACUUGGUCUCCCAUUCGUGGAUCUAUACUAUGUCCACCGCCUCGACAAAGUCACCCCCAUCGAGAAGACAAUGGAGGUGAUGCUGGCCCUCAAGACCGCGGGUAAGAUCAAGAACAUCGGAUUGAGCGAGUGCAGUGCCGAGUCUCUUCGCCGCGCACACGCAAUCCAUCCGAUUACCUGCGUGCAGAUCGAGUAUAGCCUAUUCUGUACGGAGAUUGAAUCGCCGCAUCGGAAGCUGCUUGAGACAGCUCGGGAGCUCGGGGUCGCGGUUGUUGCCUACAGCCCUCUUGCAAAUGGCAUCCUCGCAGGAAGCAUUCACAAAGUUGCGGAAAGCCCUGGAGAUAAGCGAAGAGUUUUACCAUGGUUGCAAGAGGGGAACAUUGAGAAAAAUGUGGCAAUAGUCGAGCAGAUUGCUGAGGUUGCGAACGCAAAGAAUGCGACUUUGCCUCAACUAGCGCUUGCCUGGUUGCUUGCGCAAGGUGAUGAUAUUUUCCCUAUCCCCGGAUCCUCGAAAAUUGAUCGACUCGAAUCCAAUUUGGAAAGUCUCUCUAUUUCCUUGUCAAAAGAGGAGGAAACUCACAUACGGCAAUUAGCGCAAGGUGUUGCCGGAGGCCGAUUUCAGAAUCUGACUGGAUAUGCAUUUGGAGACACACCGGCCCUUGAGGAAUAG